AUGGUAUCCAGUAUCCUUUUCUAUAAAGUUCAAAGCAGCAUAACCUUUACCUUGUUAGGGUGUAAGAAGCUUAUGUGGAACGCAUUAACCUGCUCACUCUACAUGUGCCAUUGGCCGCAAGAUUCUUACUUUUGCACGUAGCAAGUGAGCAUAAUUUUUUUCCUUUUCUUUUUAUUUUUGCUCUGUAUAUUGGAGCUAGACACCAAGCCAAUUGUGGAUACGGUACCAUUGAGACCAUCUCUAUCUCUCUUUCUGAGUAUGAUGGCAAUCUUCUGGCUAAGGAUAUUGCUUGUUCUUCUAAUCAUGUCUAUAACUCCUCCAAGAUCAGAUGGGCAGUUGGAGCAAUGGUGCAUAGCAGAUGAGCAAACCUCAGAUGAAGAGUUGCAGGCAGCCUUGGACUGGGCAUGUGGGAAAGGUGGUGCAGAUUGUAGUAUGAUUCAAGUGAACCAGCCUUGCUAUUUACCAGACACAGUAAGAGACCAUGCUUCUUAUGCUUUCAACAACUACUUCCAGAAAUUCAAGCACGAAGGUGGAUCUUGCUACUUCAGAGGAGCUGCCAUUAUUACCGAAAUGGAUCCCAGUCAUAGCUCCUGUCUCUAUGAGUUCAAUCCAUGAUUCAAUGGCAAAGAGAAGAAUAAACAAGCAUUUUCUACAGGACUUACGCAUUGUUAUUUAGUAGCGUAGCUAAAUUGAAUUCGCUAAUUAUGAGCAGCCUCAGAAAGUUCAACAAGAUUUUUAGGUGAAUAUAAGUUGCGGGCUUCAAUGCUUUCUGAAUUUUUGUUUCUAUUUCUGUUUAAUCAAAAAGAUUUCUGUUCCUUUGCUACAGAGAUUUCCAAUGUGCA